GUGAACUAAAAACCGUGUGUGGACUGCAUCUGCGCCACUCAGAAUCAACUCUUCCUAUAAACUCACUGUUUUUGCACUUUAUUUUAUUUUUUUAAAGAGGGUUUAUAUUUUUAUAGAACAAUGGAAACUACAUAUAGGUAUUUUCCCGUUAUUCUCCUGUAUCUGAGUUUGAGCCUAUUCAGCUAUGCGUGGUGUUCACCUGUGGAUGUAUAUGGGAAAGUGGUGGAGCUCGUGUCGCCAGGAGAGGAAUACUUGGAUGAAAUGUCAGUUCGCUCCUUUUUCAAACUGUUAGAGAAGCGUGUGCAGUGCCCUGGUGUGUCGUGUGAAAAGGUAACUUUUUUUUCUUACACUCGCUUCAACUUGGUUUUAGGAAAGGUCGAGGUCCAAUCUGCAGCUGUCACUGUGCCGUGCGCUACAUAUAAUGGUAUACAGCGCUGUCAGAUAAUGGAAUACAGCGCUGUACAUUUUGGCAUAGUGCUUUUACAGACUUAGCUUGUUAAACCUACAUCUGUAUUUUUUUAUUGACCAGUCUCGAACCAAGUCUUUUAUUUAUUAAUUAUUGAUACAUAUAUCGUGAGCAUUGAGCAAUUUAAAACUUUAAUGCGUGCCCCAUUAUAAUAAUUAUGAUUAUAACAAUAGUGAUUAUUGCUAUUAUUACAUUGGUAUUAUAGAGAGAUUACACGAUGUGAGCAUUGCAGAUAGUUUGUACCAGAUUUUUGUAACUGGAUUUAUUCAAUCCAUUAUGUUCUACCAAUGAUGUAAAACACCUGAUCAAUGUUAAAACAAUUCCAUGUGUUAGGGUAUUAUCAUAGAUUCUAGCAAUGACUUAGACUUAAAUGGCUUAUGUGUAAAAAAACUUUUUUUAAAUGCAUAGCCUAUCCAUUACAAUGAUAUAACCCCGAUAUAAUAUUUGAAUCCCCAAUGAAUUUGAAAGUCGUGGUUGUAUCACCCUUUACUGCAGCUUGUUUAAACGUCUUAAUGAUUGGGCAUUCUGUUUUACUUAAAAUUAAGAAAUUCAUUGUAAAACAUUUUUUUUACCCUGUCCAUCAUGCACCACAAAUACUCCAAUAACUGUUCAUUUUGGUUUCCUUUUAUUACAAAAAAAAAAAAUCCAUUAUUCUCUUGUUCAGACAUUGAAGGCCUUGGACUUUACCAUGGCAGGUGUAAUCUGCCCUUGUGACCAUGUAGAGGAAGUCACAUGUUAUGUGAGAGAUGUGUUAUAGAUUGGCCAAACAUGUUUGGGACUAACACUAAUGAUCAGUAUUUAGACAGCGUGUUCUGCUAAUGCAACAAUGGCUUGAGAUCGUACUCAUGUGUGGUGAUGAUACUGGAGAAUCAGGAAAAAGAUGCUGGAGAAUCAGGAAAAAGAUGCUGGAGAAUCAGGAAAAAGUAUCUGUGCACUUCCAGUCAGAUGCACAUUUAUUUUAAUGGAGGCUGAGCUUUCGGUCAGUUGACCUUCAUCAAGCUCAGCCUCUUUUAAAAGAAACGUCCAUCUGACUUGAAAUGUGCUGAGACUUUUUUUCUGUUUCUCCAGUUUAGCAUUUUGCCUCCAGCACCUUAACUAAUCGGUUCUGGGUUUGUGGUAGAGUCUGUACAGUAUCAUGUUUUAGAUAAUAGGCAAAGUCACUAUGUCCUGACUCAAAAAGCCAGAGCAUAGCUGUUUUAAAGAUCAGAAAAUUAGAUUUUUAUGUCGCACAUUCACCCAACCCAAACUCCUUUACCUUUGUGGUCAUAAUGACUGCCUACACAAGAUCUUACGUUGGUUUUCUCUCAUAAAUUAGGUCUAUGUUUGUAUUGAGUACAUAAAUAAUCUACAUGAAACACUGAAGCCACCCUGCUUGUUUCUAGUGCCUCUCUGUGCAGUCAGUAGACCAGCUGGUGGGUAACAUCACCAGCACUGGUGGUCUCCUUCACCAGGAGGGCUUCUUCAGAGUAGCAGCAGGAUGCUGCCUCUACCUCAGCUCUCCCUCAGAGGCCUGCUCUGCCGUGAGGGCAGGGAGGUGGGGGGAUGAGACGGACCACUUCAUCCGUGAGAUCACAGGCUAUGGGGAUGGACACAGAGACAUGGAGCGCAGUGGGAUAGAGACGCUGCUCCGUAACCUGAAGAAGCACUACAAGCAUGAUCAGCAGUAUGACCAGGUUGGUGCUGCUGUGCUAAUAAGAAUAAGAAUAUAUUUUUAUAUACUGUGCCUUCUAAGGUUGUGCAAUAGAAACCCAAUGAACUACCGUCAUCAACAGUUAACUAUUUUCCGAACCAACUCAUUUGAGUAGAUUUUGUUUUUGAACAAAAAUAUUUAUAUUCUAUUCAACUGUGUAUGUCUGUCCCGUGUUUUAUCGUGGUCAUUUAGCAGUGUCUCACUGGUCAAGACAUCUUAGAGGAGAGCAACGUGUCAAUGAAUGAUGGUGGCCCCCACAACAUGGAUGUGGUGUUUGGAUACAUAGUUUACCAUGCUUUACGAGGUGACUGCAUGACUGCCAGUGCACUGCCUGAAGAAGGCUACUUUCUGGAUUUCAUAUUCAACCCCUUCGGUUCUGACAACAUUACCGUACACGGUACAGUAAGAAACAACUAUUCCUAUGUGUACGAAAUGUCCAUGCUGUAAUAUUGCCUUAUAACAAACGACUAUCCCUAUUAGUAUGAAUAUUUUUUCUCAUACUGUUUAGUCUUAUUACACUGUAACGGCAUGCUCCUGGCUGUACAGUAACAUCAACCUACUCAUUAAUCCAUGUUGUGCCAUACAUAGUUCAUAAUUCAUUUAGCAUGAUGCCCUUGUGGGGCUAUGCUAUUAACGUUACCCUCUAACCCUAUGUUAAUGUUACCCUCAAACCCAAUGCUAUUAACGUUACCCUCAAACCCUAUGCUAUAACCCCAUGAAGCCUGGAUUAUGAGAGUUUAUAUUGCGUGUUCCCCAAUUGCCUGCUAAUAUAUACGCUACCACCAUAUUACUGUUCCUCAAUGGCAUGCUAAUAUACGCUACCACCUUACUACUGUUCCUCAAUGGCAUGCUAAUAUACGCUACCACCAUAUUACUGUUCCUCAAUGGCAUGCUAAUAUACGCUACCACCAUAUUACUGUUCCUCAAUGGCAUGCUAAUAUAAGCUACCACCAUAUUACUGUUCCUCAAUGGCAUGCUAAUAUACGCUACCACCAUAUUACUGUUCCUCAAUGGCAUGCUAAUAUACGCUACCACCAUAUUACUGUUCCUCAAUGGCAUGCUAAUAUACGCUACCACCAUAUUACUGUUCCUCAAUGGCAUGCUAAUAUACGCUACCACCAUAUUACUGUUCCUCAAUGGCAUGCUAAUAUACGCUACCACCAUAUUACUGUUCCUCAAUGGCAUGCUAAUAUACGCUACCACCAUAUUACUGUUCCUCAAUGGCAUGCUAAUAUACGCUACCACCAUAUUACUGUUCCUCAAUGGCAUGCUAAUAUACGCUACCACCAUAUUACUGUUCCUCAAUGGCAUGCUAAUAUACGCUACCACCAACUAACCAUAUCAUUCUGAUUAAUCGCUGUAGAGCUGGAAGGUCUUAUGAAGAGCCUGCAACUGGGUGGAAUCCACGAAGAGGACCACGAUCAUGAUCACAGAGAUCAAGAGGGACACAAAGAUGACUAUGGUCACGAUGACCACGUUGACCAUGACCAUAGUGACCACAGUACCGUUAGCGGUGGUCGGGGGGGUGGAGGUGGAGGUGAAGCCUUCAGGCAGAGUUGUGAGAAGGGGUACCACCAGAGGAACAUCAGCAACUGGGAACUGGUAAUUAUUAUACUCAACCACCAUGGUGCAUUGUGGGUAAUUAGGUCAAGGCCAUCGCUUCAAUCUCCUAAAGAGACCUUCAGGGGCUUAACGGCGCACACACACACACACACACACACCCAGGCUCCUUCACUCUUACUCAUUGUCAGACUUCUAAACCCCUGGUGUCCGCUGCAUCUCCAGUGCAUUGUAAUGAGCCUCAGAUGUGCAGUAGAUGGCCUGAGCUAUUGGCAGCUGUAGGAUUCUGCCCAUGGUAAUAUCUAUAUUAGAGAAAUCUUGAAUGAGAAGGAAUACUGCUGAGGGAUAAUAACAUGUUACUUGUAAGAAAUUGGUCCCCACUUUGUGAAUGCCCAAUGACAUCUUACUGUUAGUCAAUCAGUUAGCAAUAAGGAGUGUCAAUUCAAAGAAAAGGCCCAUGGGCCCUGGUCAAAAGCUGUGCACUGCAAAGGGAGUUAUUUGGGACACAGUCAGAUACAGUAUUUGGACAGAAGUAUAUUAAUUGAAGAAUUUUACAUUGACACACGGCACUGCAUUUUCAGCUGUAAUAAUUACCACAUCGGGGGGUUUAUAAAAUACUGCCUGUUUCCUCCAUGUAGACGUGUUUCAUCCCUGUUUCCUCCAUGUAGACGUGUUUCAUCCCUGUUUCCUCCAUGUAGACGUGUUUCAUCUCUGUUUCCUCCAUGUAGACGUGUUUCAGCCCUGUUUCCUCCAUGUAGAUGCGUUUCAGCCCUGUUUCCUCCACGUAGAUGCGUUUCAGCCCUGUUUCCUCCACGUAGAUGUGUUUCAGCACUGUUUCCUCCACGUAUAUGUGUUUCAGUCCUGUGUCCUCCACGUAGUCGUGUUUCAACCAUGUUUCUUCCAUGUAGACGUGUUUCAGCCCUCUUUCCUCCAUGUAGACGUGUUUCAUCUCUGUUUCCUCCAUGUAGACGUGUUUCAGCCCUGUGUCCUCCACGUAGUCGUGUUUCAACCAUGUUUCUUCCACGUAGACGUGUUUCAGCCCUCUUUCCUCCAUGUAGACGUGUUUCAUCUCUGUUUCCUCCAUGUAGACGUGUUUCAGCCCUGUUUCUUCCAUAUAGACGUGUUUCAGCCCUGUUUCCUCCAUGUAGACGUGUUUCAGCCCUGUUUCCUCCAUGUAGACGUGUUUCAUCUCUGUUUCCUCCAUGUAGACGUGUUUCAGCCCUGUUUCUUCCAUAUAGACGUGUUUCAGCCCUGUUUCCUCCAUGUAGACGUGUUUCAGCCCUGUUUCCUCCAUGUAGACGUGUUUCAGCCCUGUUUCCUCCAUGUAGACGUGUUUCAGCCCUGUUUCCUCCAUGUAGACGUGUUUCAGCCCUGUUUCUUCCAUAUAGACGUGUUUCAGCCCUGUUUCCUCCAUGUAGACGUGUUUCAGCCCUGUUUCUUCCAUGUAGACGUGUUUCAGCCCUGUUUCUUCCAUAUAGACGUGUUUCAGCCCUGUUUCCUCCAUGUAGACGUGUUUCAGCCCUGUUUCUUCCACGUAGUCGUGUUUCAGCCCUGUUUCCUCCAUGUAGAAGUGUUUCAGCCCGGAGGAGCUGAUAAAGAUCCAUGGGCUGAAUGGAUCUAGCCUGUCCAGGUCUGACGUGGCCCGGCUCAGCCCAGCCCUGGUCCAGCAGAUCCUCAGUGGGGCCUGCAACAGCACCUCUCCCCCCACUGGACCAUCAGAUCAGCUCAGCACCACAGAGAGUGAGUUGAGUACUACAGUCCUGGCCACUGUGCUUCUGCCUCUGCAUUGCAUGCUCUUUGGGGUUUUAGGCUGGGUUUCUGUAAAGUAACCUGCUGAUGUAAAAAUUGCUUUAUUAAAUAAAUGUGAUUGAUAAUUGCUACAAUACACACUAAAUUCAACACUCAUUCCUUUCCUUUUGAUACAGAAAGGCCCAUUCCUGCCUCUUUAUUUUUUUAAUGAUAAUGGAAUUAUAGAGAGACUAUGCAGAAAUAAAUGUACUAUGUUUAUAAAUAUGAAUGCUCCAAAAUUCAAACUUGUUAAAUUUGAUCAUUAGGCAAGACUAGAGCCUAUUUCAUUAGGCAAGACUAGAGCCUAUUUCAUUAGGCAAGACUAGAGCCUAUUUCAUUAGGCAAGACUAGAGCCUAUUUCAUUAGGCAAGACUAGAGCCUAUUUCAUUAAGCAAGACUAGAGCCUAUUUCAUUAGGCAAGACUAGAGCCUAUUUCAUUAAGCAAGACUAGAGCCUAUUUCAUUAGGCAAGACUAGAGCCUAUUUCAUUAAGAAAGACUAGAGCCUAUUUCAUUAGGCAAGACUAGAGCCUAUUUCAUUAGGCAAGACUAGAGCCUAUUUCAUUAGGCAAGACUAGAGCCUAUUUCAAGCAUAAUCACACAAUGUUUACUGUAUUAUCUAACAGACCUUCCGUGGCUUGAUUUGCUUGAGUACUGCACUGUUAUUAUAUUUCGAACCUCCUUCAUGUUAAUUAUCUCUCUCCAUAGAGUAUGUGUAUGCCACCAUAGCCAAUCUGCUGAUCUGUCUGGCCGCCCUGGUUGGCGUUAUGGUGGUGCUGUGUACCUCCUGCAGCAGUGUCUUCCAGCUCGUCAUCCAGUUCUGUGUCAGCCUGGCCGUGGGCUCCCUCACUGGGGACGCCCUGUUGCACCUCCUGCCUAUGGUGAGCACCACAGUACCCUAUUCACAUUACUGAGCCCAGCUGAUUCAAGCUGAGCUGUACUGUGCUGGCUUGGUUAUGCACCCAUCAUAGUUUCUGGAAACGUGCUGGAAUGUACAAUGUGAAAAGAAAACUACUUAUCUAGCCAGCCAGACCUCUUCCUCCUCAACUCUUCAUUAAAGGGUUGUGGUUAAUGUCAGUGCGACCCAAUGAUCAGCCAGAUGUCUGAGGGACCUUAUGAUUAGUCCGAGCAACACACAGUCCCCCAGGGCAGAAGUCUGGAGGGGAUACUUCCUGCUGCUGCAGCUCAAUCCAUUUAGAUCCAUCAUGUCAACAUCGCAGGGCAAAGUAUUAGCAGGCUGUCACACCCUAUCAUCACCUACAGUAUAAAAUAAUAACGAUGUGAUUAUGGAACAAGAACGACACCCUCAGAUCGGGAAGACAGAGAAAUGUCCCCCUGUUGCUUCAGGGAAUCUUGGGGCAUUACAAGAUAAGAGCAACAUAACACUGUGUCCCAAUGGUCCGACAUGGCUUCUUGUCCUCCUCUCCUUCACAACCACUUAUUGAGAGGACUUGAUUGGUGAAAGCAAUAUGGUGGAUAGGUACUGGUCUCCACUCUAGACUUUCAUCUGUCAGUAGUUAGUGAAGGAGGCCAUUUCAGAGUAAUGGACCCUGCACAGGUUGAUUGCAUCGCCAGUAUAAUAAUAAAUCAUAUAAUAUGCCAUUUAGCAGACGCUUUUAUCCAAAGCGACUUACAGUCAUGUGUGCAUACAUUUUUAGUAUCUGGUCUUGUGUAUUGGGGGUUACACUUCACUUGAACCUGCCUUCAUAAGAGUUACAUAACACUUUCAUAACACUGUCAUGACAAUGACAUAACACUGUCAUGACAAUGACAUAACACUGUCAUUACAAUGACAUAACACUGUCAUUACAAUGACAUAACACUGUCAUAACAAUAACAUAACAGAUGUCUUUGGGCUGACUGUGUCUGACCGGGUUGUGACCGUGUUUCCUCUGUUGGUUCAGUUCCUAGGCCUCCAUGUUCACAGUGAAGGAACAGACCACAGCCACUCAGAGGAGGUUCCAGACUACAUCUGUAAGAUACUGGUGCUGAUUGCUGGCAUCUACUGCUUCCAUCUCAUGGAGACUAUAUUCUCCAUCGUCACCACACACAAGGACAGCCAUCACCAUUCCCCACAUCACCAUGGGGUGAGUAGUGUCUAUCACCUGGGCUGUGUUCAGUAGGGGCACAACGUAGCAAAAAAAUUUUGCAACAGGAACAAAAACUUGUGUUCUUAUUGGACAAGGUCAGGUGGUACUUUCCCAUUUCACACUGUUUCUAAACCUUAUCUUCUUACUGAAAACCACUGUUCUGUCAGCUUACUGGUUUGGUGGAUCCAUGGUGAAAAUAACUCCCACACACGUACACUUGCAAUACACCUUUGAUAAAGUGCAACGUUUCGGUCACAGAAAUUCGUCAGGUCUUACUGGUUCCAAAAAUGUGAGAAUUGUUAGCUAUCACAGGUCUGCUCUGUGUUGUGAUGUUCUGAGCACAGACGUAUACAGUCUCAGUCAAAAGUUUGGACACACCUACUCAUUCAAGGGUUUUUCUUAAUUUUUUACUAUUUUCUACAUUGUAGAAUAAUAGUGAAGACAUCAAAGCUAUGAAAUAACACAUACGGAAUCAUGUAGUAACCAAAAAAGUGUUAAACAAAUCAAAAUAUAUUUGAGAUUCUUCAAAUAGCCACCCUUUGCCUUGAUGAGAGCUUUGCACACUCUUGGCAUUCUCUCAACCAGCUUCACCUGGAAUGCUUUUCCAACAGUCUUGAAGGAGUUCCCACAUAUGCUGAGCACUUGUUGGCUGAUUUUCCUUCACUCUGCCAUCCGGCUCAUCCCAAACCAUCUCAAUUGGGUUGAGGUCUGGGGAUUGUGGAGGCCAGAUCAUCUGAUGCAGCACUCCGUCAAUCUUUUUCUUGGUAAAAUAGCCCUUAAACCGCCUAUAGGUGUGUUGGGUCAUUGUCCUGUUGAAAAACAAAUGAUAGUCCCUCUAAGCCCAAACCAGAUGGGAUGCAUAUCGCUGCAGAAUGCUGUGGUAGCCAUGCUGGUUGAGUGUGCCUUGAAUUCUAAAUAAAUCACAGACAGUGUCACCAGAAAAGCGCCCCCACACCAUAACACAUCCUCCUCCAUAGUUUACGGUGAGAACUACACAUGCGGAGAUUAUCCAUUCACCCACACAGCGUCUCACAAAGACACGGCGGUUGGAACCAAAAAUCUCAAAUUUGGACUACAGACCAAAGGACACAUUUCCAAUGGUCUAAUGUCCAUUGCUCAUGUUUCUUGGCCCAAGCAGGUCUCUUCUUCUUAUUGGUGUCCUUUAGUAGUGGGUUCUUUGCAGCAACUCGACCAUGAAGGCCUGACUGAACAGUUGAUGUUGAGAUGUGUCUGUGACUUGAACUCUGUGAAGCAUUUAUUUGGGCUGCAAUUUCUGAGGCUGGUAACUCUAAUGAACUGAUCCUCUGCAGCAGAGGAAACUCUGGGUCUUCCAUUUCUGUGGCGGUCCUCAUGAGAGCCAGUUUCAUCAUAGCGCUUGAUGGUUUUUGCGACUGCACUUGAAGAAACUUUCAAAGUUCUUGACGUUUUCUGUAUUGACUGACCUUCAUGUCUUAAAGUAAUGAUGGACUGUCGUUUUGUCUUUGCUUAUUUGAGCUGUUCUUGCCAUAAUAUGGACUUGGUCUUUUACCAAAUAGGGCUAUCUUCUGUAUACCCACCCUACCUUGUCACAACACAAACACAUUAAGAUGGAAAUCAAUUCCACAAAUUAACUUUUAAGAAGGCACACCUGUUAAUUGAAAUGCAUUCCAGGUGACUACCUCAUGAAGCUGGUUGAGAGAAUGCCAAGAGUGUGCAAAGCUGUGAUCAAGGCAAAGGGUGGCUAUUUGAAGAAUCUCAAAUAUAAAAUAUAUUUUGAUUUGUUUAACACCAUUUUGGUUACUACAUGAUUCCAUAUGUGCUAUUUCAUAGUUUUGAUGUCUUCAGUAUUAUUCUACAAUGUAGAAAAUAGUAAAAAUAAAGAAAAACCCUUGAAUGAGUAGAUGUGUCCAAACUUUUGACUGGUAGUGUACAUUGUGUCAUUGUGUUUCCAGGAGGAGUCUGAGCCCCAUCACUGUGACCAUGGUAAAGUCCUGAAGAUGCACAUGCAGGAGAAAAAGAACAAGCAGUCCGUAUCACAGACUGACCUGGUAGGUUCUGUACCAGUUAUUCACAGACUGACCUGGUAGGUUCUGUACCAGUUAUUCACAGACUGACCUGGUAGGUUCUGUCCCAGUUAUUCACAGACUGACCUGGUAGGUCUGUACCAGUUAUUCACAGACUGACCUGGUAGGUUCUGUACCAGUUAUUCACAGACUGACCUGGUAGGUUCUGUACCAGUUAUUCACAGACUGACCUCGUAGGUUCUGUACCAGUUAUUCACAGACUGACCUGGUAGGUCCUGUACCAGUUAUUCACAGACUGACCUGGUAGGUUUUUCCACCAGUUAUUCACAGACUGACCUGGUAGGUUCUGUACCAGUUAUUCACAGACUGACCUGGUAGGUUUUUCACCAGUUAUUCAGACACACCUGUGAUGUUCAAACAGAGGUCAGACAGAGGUCCAUGACUGAACAGCCAGUAUCCUAGUAAAGCUGUGUUUUUACCCGACACAGUAUGUAGUCUUAAGUCUUUACUACCCGUGUCUCUGAACACCUUGUCCCCCACUAAACCAUUCACACCUGCUGUAAUUCACAUGCUAUACUUCUGUGAUGUUCUGAUCCCGAAAGGUUGAAAGUGAGCGCAGUGAGGACACAGAGAAAGCCUUUCCAGAACCAAACCAGCGCUCAAGAGGUAAGAUGGACAACCUGGGUCAACAUAUAACCUGUUCAGAAGAGGUGAAAUAUAGGUCAGGGUCUGAUGGUCAGGGCGUUCACUGGAAAGCUGUUAUACAGUAAAGUUACUGUGUGAGUCAAGUCUAGUCAAUGAUUACACACAUCCAGCAUGACAAAGAGUAAUGUGCAUCAGAGAGCUGUGUUCACUUACACGAGGAACAGUAAUAAAGGGAUUCGUUACUACAGGGACGAAACAUUUUAGCUGCAGAUGCAACCAAAAUCACCCCGUCAUCAUUGUAAAUGAUAAUAUAAACAGUGACAAUAAUUUUUUUUAUCUGAUGUGAUUAAAAUGAGACAUCAUUCUUUAUGUAAUCUUUAUAAACAAUUCAAGCACAAUAUUCAACAGUGUAGUUGUAGCCACUCUACAGUAUAACCACUUGCUUGCCAGUGUGGGUAUCUGUACUUUACUAUUUCUAUUUUUGCCAACUUUUACUUAAAUAAUAAUAAUAAUAAAAUAAUAUAAUAUGCCAUUUAGCAGACGCUUUUAUCCAAAGCGACUUACAGUCAUGCGUGCAUACAUUUUUUGUGUAUGGGUGGUCCCGGGGAUCGAACCCACUACCUUGGCGUUACAAGCGCCGUGCUCUAUCAGCUGAGCUACAGAGGACCACUUGUGCCACUUCACUACAUUCCUAAAGAAAAUAAUGUACUUUUUACUCCAUACAUUUUCCUUAACACCCAAAAGUACUCGUUACAUUUUGACAAGAAAAUGGUACAAUUGAUGCACUUCAUCAAGAGAACAUCCCUGGUCAUCCCUACUGCUUCUGAUCUGGUGGACUCACUAAAAACAAAUGCUUUGUUUGGAGCGUGCCCCUGGCUUUCCGGAAAUAAAAAAAACGAAAAUUGUCCCAUCUGUUUUGCUUAAUAUAAGGAAUUUGAAAUGAUUUAUGCUUUUACUUUUGAUACUUAAGUAUAUUUAACACCAAAUACUUUUAGACUUUUACUCAAGUAGAAUUUUACUGGGUAACUUUCACUUUUACUUGAGUCAUUUUCUAUUAAGGUAUCUUUACUUUUACUCAAGUAUGACAAUUUAGUACUUUUUCCACCACUGGUUCCUACAGAUGUAGGAUCUUAAUUUGAUCACCCUGUUGUUGCAGGAAAUACAAACAUGUAGUAUAUUCAAGGUUUAAAAAUACUUCUAAAGUUUGUAAUUUCCACUUUAAAAUGUCAGACUUGAUUUGUCCCAACUAAAAAUGUAUCAACCCCUACAAAAUGUCCAUUUAAUUAUAAUCCAAACAAUAAUACAUAUUUCCUGUUGCUGCAGGAUUAUUUUCCUGCUGUGAGAAACUGGUCAAAUUAAGAUCCUACAUCUGUAUUCCGUUUUCCAGCCUAAUGGCAUUGGCUAAUCAAUAAUGCUGUCGUUGUAAAAUAUGAAUUUAGACACAUGAUUAACAAUAGCCAAAUUUGACUUUACUUCUUUAGACGACUGAGCCUUUCUCUGAGUUUCCCUUCUGUCUCUCCCCUCCACUAGAACGGCGUCUGCUACCCUACAUGGUUACCAUAGGGGACGGGAUACAUAACUUUGCCGACGGCCUGGCUAUCGGAGCGGCCUUCUCUGUUUCCUGGAAGUCCGGCCUUGCCACGUCUCUGGCUGUGCUCUGUCACGAGCUGCCUCACGAACUGGGUGAGUGGAGCACCGACUGAUGCCUCUAGUUGGCCAUGUUGAAAAAGGCUCUUGAGAAUGAGACCCAUCCACAUUGGUACUUCAGAUGUUGCUUUAUAUGAAUUAAUUUAUUUUAAAAAACAAUGUUAGAUUUGUUUGAUUUCAGAACAAUAUGUUAUUUUUCUCAAAUAAUCAAGUUUUAGAAUAGAUGAGUAGUACUGGUAGAUGAUUAGCCACUUCUCUCGCCAUCCAGAUUCCUAUUCACACAAUCCCUCCAAUGGCAUCAACAUAGGACCUACAUUUUAUCACUGACAUCCCUUUAAACCUCACCUCUCUGAGUUUUCUCCAUCCUACAUCUCCCAGGUGACUUUGCUAUCCUGCUGCACAGCGGGUUGUCAGUGAAGAAGGCCUUGAUGCUGAACGUGGGCAGUGCCCUCACAUCCUUCAUCGGACUCUACAUCGCCCUCACCGUCUCUACUGACCUGGCCACCAAGCAGUGGAUCGCGGCCAUCACCUCUGGUCUCUUCCUGUAUGUGGGUCUGGCUGAUAUGGUCAGUACACUAGUUUUACCACGUUCUCAAACAGGCUGUACCCUAAUGCCCAUCUUCCUCUAUAAAUAUUUCUAUAUUUGGACAAGGAGUUAAAUGCAGUGUAUCGUCUUGCUCCUUUCUCCCCCCAGCUCCCCACCAUGGUGCAUGUGGACAACCGUAGGCCCUGGCUCAUCUUCCUGCUCCAGAACGUAGGACUGCUGUCUGGCUGGGGCAUCCUGCUGCUCCUCUCUCUGUAUGAGGAAAAGAUUGGCAUCUAGAGCCUCCUAGUCCUAACACUGUACAGUACAAUACAAUGGAUUUGUAUACAAUUACAAAUGACACUGUAUGUAAGCUAUGCUAUAUUUGACCUGUUUUGAUAUAUUUACUGUAACUUUAAAACGCUUGAUAAUUCUAUAUGAUACAAGAUUUCCUCAAAAUGACUUUUCUAGAUGAUAUAUGAGAUUCUAGUCUAGUUCUGUUGUAUCUUACGUAUCUAACACAUAGAAGUGUAGUCUGUUGGUGUUCAGUAUGAUCCUGCUGUUGGUGUUCAGUAUGAUCCUGCUGUUGGUGUUCAGUAUGAUCCUGCUGCUGGUGUUCAGUAUGAUCCUGCUGUUGGUGUUCAGUAUGAUCCUGCUGUUGGAUUUCAUCUGUAUGCGAUUAGUUCAAACUGUAAUUUAUGCCACCGAUAUUUAUAAUGGGACUCACAGAUCCUCAGGCUACUUCCUCUCUUAUUGCCACGUCUUUUGUAUAACCACAUACCAUAACAGUGUGACUGUACAGGGAAGUAGGUAGAUGCAAUUUGAAUUUGUGAUCGUAUGAAGUGUGAAGUUACCGGUAAUGCAGAUGUUGACAGUGUAUAUACAUGUGCCACCAAUCCCACAAAACCCCACAAAAGUUAGAAAAUAAGGUAAGAAAAUAAUAAUUAUGAUACAUGUUGUUUCUGUAUAUCUUUCCUUGUUUAAAUUGAGCACAGCCUUAUACUGCGUUAUAUCUUUUCCGGCUGCAGUAUUUUGUCAUUCUGUCCCCAGUCUACCACUCAAGAGAAUUCCCUGUGAAUGGAUUCAGGAAAUAACCUCCUAGAUACUUUAUCUGACAUGAUUAAUGACAUCGGCAGUUUCACUGUUCAGAGUCCACACUCCAAAGACAGACCGCUCAAGUCCAUGGAUCGCAACGUCUGACCAAUCAGAGGUGGACCGUCAUUUUUUAAAUAUUUGACAGUAGAUCACCAAUCAGCAUGGUGAUCUACUGUAGUUUAUCUGAUUUCCAAGAGAGGGGUUAUAAAGAAGGGUUGGUACAGCAAAGUAUAUCAGCAGAGAUGACGGCCAUUGUGCGUUCCAUUUGAUAAAAUGGCCAUAGUAACAGUCAGAGCAAAGGAGUGGAGGGGCUGUAAGUCAAGGCAUUGGAGUGCGUCCCAAAUGGCACC